GGGUAAAACGGGACCCUAUUACUAAGACUUCGCUGUCCGUCCGUCCGUCUGUCCGUCUGUCACCAGGCUGUAUCUCACGAACCGUGAUAGCUAGACAGUUGAAAUUUUCACAGAUGAUGUAUUUCUGUUGCCGCUGUAACAACAAAUACUAAAAACAGAAUAAAAUAUAGAUUGAAAUGGGGCUCCCAUACAACAAACGUGAUUUUUGACCAAAGUUAAGCAACGUCGGGAGUGGUCAGUACUUGGAUGGGUGACCGUUUUUUUUACUUUUUUUUUGUUUUUUUUUUUUUGCAUGGUACGGAACCCUUCGUGCGCGAGUCCGACUCGCACUUGCCCGGUUUUUUAAUACAGUUGUUGGCUUUAACUUUUUUUUUUUUAUAUAUUCGUUUAUUUCAGAACAUCUGAAGCAACCGUUUUAGAAUCGACAUCGCCAGAUGCGUUUAGUACAAGUACCAUACCUCAGGAACCACACCCGCAAGGGACACAAGUUUCAAAAUCAACGGCGCAAUUAGGAGCCAUACGCCGAGAGACAAAAACAACAUCUGAAGCAACCGUUUCUGCCGCGAUCCGCCGCCGCCCAAUGCGGGAUAAUGAAAUAGAAAACGUUCUCUUUUAUGGCAGUGACGCAGACGACAGCGAAGACGAUGAAGACGAAGAACGGUUUCCUAUAGUUUUGCCAAGAGUAUCCCGGGUGUACUUAUCUGACGUCGACAGUGAUGACGAAAUAGAGUCAUCAACAACCGUGGAGUACUCUUGGCCACCUCCAAAUCCAGUCCCUGCUACUUCGGUUGUCGAACCUACGGAGCCAGCACCAGCCCCAAUUAUAGAGCCCACAGAGCAGCCAACAACAGCCGCAGAUUGUCCAGCUCCUUAUCCAGCGAAAUUUAGGUUUGAAUGGAGACAGUUCCCACAGCCUCAAGUUUCACCAAACUUAAGAAGGGAAAGCUUCUCCCAGGCUAAUAGACGCACUGCUCUUUAUACCAACCCUUACGAAGCAUUCGUUGCAAUAUGGGAUCGUUCUAUUAUUGAGCAUGUAGCCAACGAAACAAAUAAAUACGCUCAGCAGUUAGCAGCGGCAAUGCUGCUGCAGGGAAUUGCUCCCAAUAGCAGAAUAACAAGAUGGGUAGACACAACAGUGGACGAGUUAUACACUUAUUUUGCUUUAAUUUUGGCCAUGGGUAUCGUAGUGAAAAGCCGUCUAGACGAGUAUUGGAACACCACCAAAGACAUAUUUUGUACUCCAGAAUUCUCCACCAAUAUGUCUAUCGACCGCUUUUUACUGCUGAGCAAGUGUUUGCACUUUAACGACAAUGCCACAUGUACCGCUGACAGACUUUCAAAUGAUGAAGCGAAAUUGCAUAAAUUGUUGCCUAUUGUGCAGCAUCUCAAUAUGAAAUUCUCUUCAUUGUACACUUUAGGCCAAAAUAUUGCAUUAGACGAAAGUUUAACACAAUGGAAGGGUUGGCUAAAUAUUAAAAACCACAUACCUAACAAGGCAGCACAAGUAGGCAUUAAAACCUACGAAAUAUGCGAAUCCCAAACGGGCUACCUAUGGCGAUUUGAGGUAGAGGCAAAACAGGGCGUCACAAACCAGAAUGAACAGGAUCCCAUAUCUGGAAAAAUACCGACUCUUGUGCUUAAACUUCUCCGUGGUUUGGAGCACAAUGGUCACACAGUUUGGAUGGAUAACUAUUACAACUCCCCUGCUCUAGCGAGGGAGUUGAAGCUUUUGGGGUUUGACUGCGUUGGUACUCUACGCACAAAUCGUCAAUUCGUUCCCGUUGAGUUGACAAAUUUGACAAAUAGGGACAUGAAUGUCGGCCAGGUGUGCGGUUGCACAUCCGGAGAUGUUGAUCUCAUUGUAUGGCGAGAUAAGAAGCGUAUUGCUCUUAUUUCGACAUACCAUGGCUUAACAACUCUGGAAUGCGGUGGCAUAGUCAAACCUGCUCUCAUACACGAUUAUAAUAUCUGUAUGGGAGGGGUAGAUAAAAAAGAUCAAAUGCUAGCCAUGUACCCCAUAGAACGGACACGCACAAAAGUGUGGUAUAAAUUUUUUUUCAAACGGCUACUAAAUGCUAGCACAUUAAACGCGUUUAUAAUGCUCAAACAAAACGACCCGUUAAUGACACACCGAAAUUUUCGUAAAAACUUGGUGAUUCAGUUGCUUCAGCGUCACAAGCCAGUCUCGCCACGUCCACCGGCAAUUUUAACCACACCCGGAAGGCAUAUGCCUAAAUAUUUUGAAAAAGUGUUACAACAAGCUGGUUACACCCGGCAUCGACGAAGGAAAUGUGUUGUGUGCCGCAAACCCACAAUUUCAUACUGCGAAGGGUGUGAUGGCAAGGCUUUGUGCGUAUCGUCAUGCUUUUCACUGUAUCAUCCUUAGAGGUCACAGCUGUAAUAAUAAAGAUUCUCAUCCUAUAGUCUUUAGGUUAGCAGUCCUUUCUGUAAUGUUCGUUUUUUUAGGGUUCCGUACCCAAAGGGUAAAACGGGACCCUAUUACUAAGACUUCGCUGUCCGUCCGUCCGUCCGUCCAUCCGUCCGUCCGUCCGUCUGUCACCAGGCUGUAUCUCACGAACCGUGAUAGCUAGAAAGUUGAAAUUUUCACAGAUGAUGUAUUUCUGUUGCCGCUAUAACAACAAAUACUAAAAACAGAAUAAAAUAAAGAUUUAAAUGGGGCUCCCAUACAACA